UGAGCGGACACUUCCUCGGGUGAAACCCACCCACAACGGCAGACAAAGUUCCAGUCUAUCAGAUUUUCCUCCGGGUCCCAGGAGCAUUCUCUCAUAUAUUUCUUUUCGUCCUGUAUCCUCGGGAGGCGUCGGGACCCAUGGGUGCCUGAGUCGUCUUUCUCCUUUUUCUGCCUCACCUUCGGUGCUCUCCACGCCCGCUCCCAUUGCCCCCUUUUCGUCGACUCUCACCUUGAGAAAGGAAGCAGGGGAGGAACGGGAGAGGGAGCCAACUUCAGCCCCGCAGGCAGCUGAGAAUUGGCGCCUCUGUCCCCAAGCGGGAGGGUUUGAUAUAUACCUGCAGAAGCCAUGCAAGCAGCCAGCUCGCCGCCGCCAACACGACUUCCACUGUACUCUUGAUCAAUUUACCUUGCUUGAUGCACUGGUGAAGAACGGGGGAUUCGAAUUCCCCUACAGACGCCUCCAGCUCGUAGAGGCGGUUGCGGAGGACUCAGAGGAGGAGGCGAAGGGGAAGGAGGCGGUGGUGGAGGAGGCAAAGGCCCUGGACCAGCACUGUUGCCGAGGGGCAGCACGCCAGGAGAGGCUGCGCUGGGCGUCUGCGGGGAGCGCGCCGGGAGCCUGCAGCGGGACCUGCUUGGGAAGGCGGUUGGCGGGCUGUGGACCGCGUCCUCACCACCAUGGUCCGGCUCCUCUUGGUUUUUUUGCCAGCGAUCCUUUUGGAAGUGUCCCUUCUCUCCAGAAGCCCCGGCAGGAAAGUGUUGCUGGCGGGAGCGUCGUCUCAGCGCUCGGUGGCCCGAAUGGACGGAGAUGUCAUCAUUGGAGCCCUCUUCUCAGUCCACCACCAGCCUCCAGCAGAGAAGGUACCCGAGAGGAAGUGUGGGGAAAUCAGGGAGCAGUAUGGCAUCCAGAGAGUGGAGGCCAUGUUUCACACCUUGGAUAAGAUAAACGCGGACCCAGUCCUCCUGCCCAACAUCACUCUGGGCAGUGAGAUCCGGGACUCCUGCUGGCACUCUUCCGUGGCUCUAGAACAGAGCAUUGAAUUCAUUAGGGACUCUCUGAUUUCCAUUCGAGAUGAGAAGGAUGGUCUCAACCGGUGCCUGCCUGACGGCCAGUCCCUCCCCCCAGGCAGGACUAAGAAGCCUAUUGCAGGAGUGAUCGGUCCCGGCUCCAGCUCCGUAGCCAUUCAAGUGCAGAACCUGCUUCAGCUCUUUGACAUCCCCCAGAUCGCUUACUCAGCCACAAGCAUCGACCUGAGUGACAAAACUUUGUACAAAUACUUCUUGAGGGUUGUCCCUUCUGACACUUUGCAGGCAAGGGCCAUGCUUGACAUAGUCAAACGUUACAAUUGGACCUAUGUCUCUGCAGUCCACACGGAAGGGAAUUAUGGGGAGAGCGGAAUGGACGCUUUCAAAGAGCUGGCUGCCCAGGAAGGCCUCUGCAUCGCCCAUUCGGACAAAAUCUACAGCAAUGCUGGGGAGAAGAGCUUUGACCGACUCUUACGCAAACUCCGAGAGAGGCUUCCCAAGGCCAGAGUGGUAGUCUGCUUCUGCGAAGGCAUGACCGUGCGAGGACUCCUGAGUGCCAUGCGGCGUCUUGGCGUUGUGGGCGAGUUCUCACUCAUUGGAAGUGAUGGAUGGGCAGACAGAGAUGAAGUCAUUGAAGGUUAUGAGAUGGAAGCCAACGGGGGAAUCACGAUAAAGCUACAGUCUCCAGAGGUCACAUCAUUUGAUGAUUAUUUCCUGAAACUGAGGCUGGACACUAAUACGAGGAAUCCCUGGUUCCCUGAGUUCUGGCAACAUCGGUUCCAGUGUCGUCUACCAGGACACAUUCUGGAAAAUCCCAACUUUAAAAGAAUCUGCACAGGCAAUGAAAGCUUAGAAGAAAACUAUGUCCAGGACAGUAAGAUGGGGUUUGUCAUCAAUGCCAUCUAUGCCAUGGCACAUGGACUGCAGAAUAUGCACCAUGCCCUCUGCCCUGGCCACGUGGGCCUCUGCGAUGCCAUGAAGCCCAUCGACGGCAGAAAGCUCCUGGACUUCCUCAUCAAGUCCUCCUUCAUCGGCGUGUCUGGAGAGGAGGUGUGGUUUGAUGAGAAAGGAGAUGCUCCUGGAAGGUAUGAUAUCAUGAAUCUGCAGUACACUGAAGCUAAUCGCUAUGACUAUGUGCAUGUUGGAACCUGGCAUGAAGGAGUACUGAACAUUGACGAUUACAAAAUCCAGAUGAACAAGAGUGGAAUGGUGCGGUCUGUGUGCAGUGAGCCUUGCUUAAAGGGCCAGAUUAAGGUUAUACGGAAAGGAGAAGUGAGCUGCUGUUGGAUUUGCACGGCCUGCAAAGAGAACGAGUAUGUGCAAGAUGAGUUCACCUGCAAAGCUUGUGACUUGGGAUGGUGGCCCAAUGCAGAUCUAACAGGCUGUGAGCCCAUUCCUGUCCGCUAUCUUGAGUGGAGCAACAUCGAAUCCAUCAUAGCCAUCGCCUUUUCAUGCCUGGGCAUCCUUGUUACCUUGUUUGUCACCCUAAUCUUUGUACUGUACCGGGACACCCCAGUCGUCAAAUCCUCUAGUCGGGAGCUCUGCUACAUCAUCCUGGCUGGCAUCUUCCUUGGUUAUGUGUGCCCAUUCACUCUCAUUGCCAAACCUACUACAACUUCCUGCUACCUCCAGCGCCUCUUGGUUGGCCUCUCCUCUGCGAUGUGCUACUCUGCUUUAGUGACUAAAACCAAUCGCAUUGCACGCAUCCUGGCUGGCAGCAAGAAGAAGAUCUGCACCCGAAAGCCCAGGUUCAUGAGUGCCUGGGCUCAGGUGAUCAUUGCCUCAAUUCUGAUUAGCGUGCAACUAACCCUGGUGGUAACCCUGAUCAUCAUGGAGCCCCCUAUGCCCAUUCUGUCCUACCCAAGUAUCAAGGAAGUCUACCUUAUCUGUAAUACCAGCAACCUGGGUGUGGUGGCUCCUUUGGGCUACAAUGGACUCCUCAUCAUGAGCUGUACCUACUAUGCCUUCAAGACCCGCAACGUGCCCGCCAACUUCAAUGAGGCCAAAUAUAUCGCCUUCACCAUGUACACCACCUGUAUCAUCUGGCUAGCUUUUGUGCCCAUUUACUUUGGGAGCAACUACAAGAUCAUCACAACUUGCUUUGCAGUGAGUCUCAGUGUAACAGUGGCCCUGGGGUGCAUGUUCACUCCCAAGAUGUACAUCAUUAUUGCCAAGCCUGAGAGGAAUGUCCGCAGUGCCUUCACCACCUCUGAUGUUGUCCGCAUGCAUGUCGGCGAUGGCAAGCUGCCCUGCCGCUCCAACACUUUCCUCAACAUCUUUCGAAGAAAGAAGGCAGGUGCAGGGAAUGCCAAUUCUAAUGGCAAGUCUGUGUCAUGGUCUGAACCAGGUGGAGGACAGGUGCCCAAGGGACAGCACAUGUGGCACCGCCUCUCCGUGCACGUGAAGACCAAUGAGACGGCCUGCAACCAAACAGCCGUCAUCAAGCCCCUCACUAAAAGUUACCAAGGCUCUGGCAAGAGCCUGACCUUUUCAGAUACCAGCACCAAGACCCUUUACAACGUAGAGGAGGAGGAGGAUGCCCAGCCGGUUCGCUUUAGCCCUCCUGGCAGCCCUUCCAUGGUGGUGCACAGGCGCGUGCCCAGCGCGGCGUCCACUCCGCCUCUGCCGCCCCACCUGACCGCAGAGGAGACCCCCCUCUUCCUGGCCGACCCGGCCCUCCCCAAGGGCUUGCCCCCUCCUCUCCAGCAGCAGCAGCAGCCCCCUCCACAGCAGAAAUCGCUGAUGGACCAGCUCCAGGGAGUGGUCAGCAACUUCAGCACCGCGAUCCCGGAUUUCCACGCGGUGCUGGCAGGCCCCGGGGGUCCCGGGAACGGGCUGCGGUCCCUGUACCCGCCCCCGCCGCCCCCGCAGCACCUGCAGAUGCUGCCGCUGCAGCUGAGCACCUUCGGGGAGGAGCCAGUCUCCUCGCCCGCGGACGACGACGACGACAGCGAGAGGUUUAAGCUCCUCCAGGAGUACGUGUAUGAGCACGAGCGGGAAGGGAACACGGAAGAAGACGAGCUGGAAGAGGAGGAGGAGGACCUGCAGGCGGCCAGCAAACUGACCCCGGAGGAUUCGCCCGCGCUGACGCCUCCGUCGCCUUUCCGCGACUCGGUGGCCUCGGGCAGCUCGGUGCCCAGCUCCCCGGUGUCCGAGUCCGUGCUCUGCACCCCUCCCAACGUGUCCUACGCCUCCGUCAUUCUGCGGGACUACAAGCAAAGCUCUUCCACCCUGUAGGGGGGAAGGGUCCACAGAGAAAAGCAAGACAAGCCGGAGAGCUCCCACACCUCCAGAGAUGUGCAAAGGGCUGGAAGGAGAAGCCGGGGAGUGGGGAGCCUCGUCGGAGAGGAGGAGACCGCUGCUGCCGCUGCUGCUGCUGCUGCUGCCUUAAGCAGGAAGAGGGAAGGAAACCAAGCAAAAAAUGCCCCAGGCCAGGAUUCAGAUUCUUGAAUUAUUCAAAAGCCUUCUCUGGGAAGAAAGGGAAUUCUGACAAAGCACAAUUCCGUAUGGUAUGUAACUUAUCGCAAAUCAAUAAAUAAUGACAUCACAAACAUAAUCUCCUUUGCACAAUUGUGCAUAGCUAUAUAUAUAUGCCCACACACACUGGGCCAUGCUUGCUAAGGAACAGCCCACGUGGACAUGCCAGUCAGAUCAUGAGUUCACGUGACGGCAUUCGGAGUGAGCUGGUGGAGCCGCACAGAGCAGGUGCGGGGAGGGGAAGGGCCCAGGCCAGACCCACAAUAAAUGACGGGAUGAUGGAACAGCAGCUCCUUGCUCAGAAGCCCUUCUCCCCGCUGGGCUGACAGACUCCUCAUCUUCAGGAGACUCAGGAACGGGGCCGCGUAGGGGUCCUUCUUCAUCCACCGCAACCCAUCCAGUGCCAGCUUUGAGAUUGCACUUGAAGAAAGGGGCAUGGACCCCCUGCUGCUCUGCGGGUUCCCUUUAUUUAGGAAAACAGGGAUAAGAGCAAAAUUAUCACCAAGAAGUGCUUCAUCGGCGUGCUACAGGAGGAAGGAGCUAGAAAUAGGACAAUCCAUCAGCAUGGGACUUUGAAAAACAGAACAGCAUGAUCAGCUUCUCAUGUUCCAUAUUCACUUAUUGACGAUUUGAGGAAAAGGCCAGAACAAGAGAUUGUUUUGAGAGCGGCAGAAACCCUUUUGUGGAUUAACUUGUGUUUGUGCCAAGCGGGCUCUCCAUUGCCCUUCAGUUAAAGAAUAAACCAUGUGGCAAAAUUGUUACCUUCCACUUACUGUAGCAAAUAAUACCUACCAGUUGAACUUCUAAGAUGCGUAUAUGUACAAUUUGGUGCCAUUAUUUCUCCUAUGUACUACAGAAACAAAUCCAACUUUGAAUCUAAUGGUGUACUCAAUAGCAACUAUUACUGGUUUAAGUGACAAAUAAUUCUAUUCUCUUGUCACUGAAGUGUCACUAGCUAGUGAAUGUGUUCCUGUGUCCUUGUAUAUGUGUAAUUGUAAAAUUUGUGCAAUGUAAUGUCAAAUUGACAUGUCAGUGUCAAUCUUGUAGUCAAUCCAACUGCAAUUAGAAAUUGUCUUUUGAAUAUACUAUAGAUUUUUUUAUGUUCCAAUAAUGUUUUAUACAUCAUGGUCAUCAAUAUCUACAGAAGCUCUUUGAAAGUUUGAAUACUGUGGCUCAAUGUUUUUCAUAUGCAGGUUGCAUGGACAUUUUUCUUCAAAGAUGGAACUUAUUUUUCAGAUAUUUUCUGAUGUGGAGAUAUGUUAUUAAUGAAGUGGUUUGAAAAUUUGUUAUAUUAAAAAUGCACAAAAAACUGAGAGUGAAAAUAAAAGGUACAUUUUAUAAGCUUGCACACAUUAUUAAAACAUGAUUGAACAAAGCAUUUAGAUUGUUCCAGAUUAUUUUAGUUUUAAAAAAAGAUUUUCGACAGCUACUCGAGCUCUUCUAUACAGUAACAUCGAACUCAGCUCAUAAUUUCUAAAACCUUUAUCAAUCACAUUUUGCCUUCCUUUAAUUUUUAUGUCCAUGUACUUUCAUUCCUGUGUCUUGGCUGUCAUAAUUUUUUAUUUCUGUUAUCUGCUGUUCUGUAAUAUCCAAGGACAUGUAAUCCACUUAUUCCACCUUUACCCUCCCUUUUUACCCACAAUAAAAGGAUUUUUCUUGCUUUUUUGAUUUCCUCUAUUAUUUGUGGAAUGAAUUUCUACCCCCCUUAAAUAUCUUUGUUUAUGCCUUAUGUUCAGUCAUAUUUUAAUAUGCUUCCUUCAUAUUGAAGCUGCUGAUUUCUCAGCCAAAAAUCAUCUCAGAAUCUUUAAAUAUCCACUAUAUCAUUUGUUCAGAAUUUAACAUCCACUCCAGUGUUGGAGGCUUGUAUUUCUUAUACUUCACCAUAUUCUACUGCCAAGUUUGGUCAGUUCCACAUCAAGAAUGAACUGACUUUCCUUAAAAAAAAUUAUUUUAAAAUAUCUUUAUUGAAAAGAUCUUGUGACUGAAGUGUGGACUUUGGUUCCAUAUUUUCAUUGUAAGAAAGCAGACAGAGGACAAUCAAUGGCUCCAGUGAUUAAUAGAUGGGUUUUUAGUAACUGACAAAUUCAUGAGGGAAAGCAUAUGAUCGCUUUCUUAGCGAAUCAUGUUUAUUAUUUAAUCUUAAUGCCACUAACAUACAUCCCUAAUAUCACAGGGCUUGUGCAUUCAGAUUUUUUAAAAGUAAAAUAGAUAAGAAAACUUAUAUUCAAGUGUAAGAUGAUAUCAGGUUGGUAUAAGACAUUUGGUGAACACGUUCAUUCAACUGUGAUCAUUUUAUCACUCUGAAUGAGUACCAUUGUCUUGAUUAUGGGGUCUCUUGAAUAAAUACAGUAUUAAUCCUUAUGUCAUCAUUGUUCAAAAUUGGAGAGGUACACAUACAUACCCUAUAACAAGAGGUCCGAAACUCGUCACCUUAAUGUAUGUGCUGCUACAAGUUGUUCAGCUUCUUGUAAAUGUGUUUUCCUUUGGCUCGUUACUGCCUUUUGUCAAAUAAUCUUGAUAAUGCUGUAUAAUAAAUAUUUUCUAUUUAUU